UAAGUUCCUCCACCCCAACUUAUUUUUUUAUAAUCUCAUAUGCAACAAUUUUUUUGCAAAUAUUUUUUCAACUAUAAUUUAUUAUUUUCAUCAUAUAUCAUUUAAGUUCAUUUUUCUUCGAUUUUCUCUCUCUAAAAAAAAUUCUCUCUCUCUAGCAAAAAAAUUCUCUCUCUAGCUUAUAAACUCAAUUAUCCAAACACUUUGACAACUUAUAAACUUUUAAAAAUGACAUCUUAUAAGCUCUUGAAAGAGCUUAUAAGCUCUUUAAAAUAAGCUUAGCCAAACACCCUCUUAGUCUAGGAAGUGAACCGGAUAGCAUCAUGAAAACAACACUACUGUCAGAGCCAAAACACUUGAAAUUCAUAAGCAAAUCCAUUCUGCACAUGGAUAACAACGCUUUUGUUUAUAUUAAGAUUCAUCUAUGCCUAGUCAGCCUGAGGAAAACGAAGAGUUCAAUUCGACCAAUCAACCAUCAAUUAAUUAGCAUAACUCAAAAAAUAUUAAACAAGCUAGCAACCAGCCAACCACAUAAAUAAUUAAUACUUCUCAUUUUUAACCACGGAAUAAUUCAUAGUAAAUUCUUAUGACAGAAAUUUUGUCGCUAAUUCUGUCAUUAAAACUUUUAUAUAGCAGAUAUGAUGCAAAUUCCAUCGUUAAUUACCAAAAAUAUAAGUUAUGUUAGUAUGUCGUUAGUCCGUCAUAAUUUUAUGACAUAAUCAGUUUCAUCGUUAAUUCUGCCGCAGUUCGGUAAUUUUUUUUGUAGUCUAAUUAUAACAGUUUGUUUUUUUAUUCUCAUUGUCCAAAUUAUGGCUAGCUAGUCAAUUAAAUUUUGCCCCUAUAUUCUCUUAGUUUUAAUAAAUAAGAUACAACUUCCUCUUAUAAAUCUGUGAGUUAUCGACUUCCUCUUAUAAAUCUAUGAGCCCUUUAGAGCUACUUUAGUUGACACCACACAAUAUCCUUUUUUGCAAAAUGGAAGGGUUUGUGGAAGUGAUAUCAAGGGAGAUGAUAAAGCCCUCAUCUCAAACUCCUCUCCACUCCUCAAAGUUGAAGCUCUCUUACAUUGAUAGAAUGUUUUACGAUUUAUACGUUCCCCUCAUCUUCUUCUACAAAGCUGAUGAAUCAAGAGGCUUAACCGCCUCUAACCAUCUUCAGAUAUCCAAGAGAUUGAAACAGUCCCUCUCGAAUAUCCUACCUUGGUUUCACCCCUUAGCAGGCCGCCUCAAAAGCAGCCUCUCCGUGGACUGCAACGAUGCUGGCGCCGAGUUCAUCGAGGCACGAGCUCGCGCUCAUCUCAUGGAUUCCCUAUACAUGGAUGAUCAGUUGAAGCACUACUUUCCUUCCGAGUGUAAUACAUUCAACCAUGCCAAAAGACCGCGACCUCUCCUCGCCGUGCAGAUCACUUUCUUCAACUGCGGAGGUCUCAUCGUCGCCGCUGCUCUUUCACAUGCAGUCACUGAUUUGGCGUCGGCGAUGAAGUUUAUGAAGGCUUGGGCAGCCGCUUUCCGAGGGGAGGCCGAGCUUUCCCGCCACAGCUUCGGCACAACCGCUUACUUCCCACCACUCAGCCUCGUCCCAUUUUCCAGAUUCCAGAGACUUUUCCUUUUUAACAAAAAUCUGGUGACGAAAAGGCUGGUGUUUAGCAAGGAAAAACUGGAUGCUCUGAGACAAACUGCAACCUUCCCAUCUCAUGAAUCUGGUAUCAAAGAUCCGAGCCGCGUGGAGCUCGUCUCGGCUUUCAUUUGGAAGCAUUUCACGGAGGGCAGAUUGAAGAAAUCCAAGGCGGCCAAAAAGAUGUACGUUGCGCUUCACGCAGUGAACGUGCGACCAAGAACGAACCCGCCUAACCUUCUUGAGAAUGUUUUCGGCAACUGCAUCAUGUUGGCAAUGGCGUUCGCUUGCAUUAAAGAUCUCCGUCUCCACGGGCUUAUCGGGAAGCUAAGAAGCUCGAUACGAAAGGUUAGAGGCGGUUACAUCACGGAGGCGCUGAACAAGGAGAGUUUCGUCAAGGAUCUGUUUAAGUUCGGGUUUCUGCUUAUGAUGGGAAAAUUAGAGUGUUGUUUCUUUACCAGCUGGCGAGGGUUUCCGUUGUACGAGCUCGAUUUCGGGUGGGGAAAGCCGGUUGGGUGACUUCGACAUCACUGCCGGCGAAGAAUCUCAUCAUUUUUAUCAACGGAAAGAGCGGAGAUGACAUUGAAGCCAUAGUUACUAGAUGAAACCCGACGACCUGCAAAUUCUUGAUGCCCAGAUCAACCUGAUCUAGAUCCACUAAUUAAUAUUUCAAGGAUGAAAAAUUUGUUACCACCAUGUUGCCUAUUUCUGUCCAUGAUUUAAUGUUCUUGUAUCAUUAUAUAAUAUCAUUUUCCGAGAAAUCAUACUUUGUAUUACAAAAAAACU